ACUGCGUUUCGGAGAAGGACGGUACCUGGAGAUUUUGCUCCCUGCGCUCCAUUGAAAGCUGUGCUGAAGAGCUUUCUGAAUUCUCUGCUUUAAAGAUUUAAACAGCAGCUUUGUUGCAAGGAAAUUUGAAGUGAUCCUUGGCUUUUAAGCUGUGUUAAAUUUGUGGCAAGAGUGUCAGGCAUUUCAUACUUGGCUUCCAAAAGAGAAAAAAAAGAAACGAAAGAGCAAGAGAAAAAAAGCCCUGAUGUGUGUGGGGAAGAAAUCUCCCAGGAAUUUCUUCAAGGUUGUAGUCAGACACAGUAAGGUCUAAAGUGACAAGAAAAGCAAGGCAAAGAUAAAACUUGAAAUUGUGAUAAGAUGUCAGAGUCUAAAGUGACAGAUUGCAGAAAACUUUUGGGAUUACACAUGCUCAUCUUGUCCUGGAUAUGACUGAAUACAAGCUAGUUUUUCUCUAGUGACAGCUCAAAAACCCCUCAAGAUUAUGUUUCUCUUCCUUGUUGUGUUUUUGCCAGUGGCUUUUAAAAUUGGUUUUGUCAGCCUCUCAGCUCUGCAGCACUGGAACUGUCCUAAUGGAUACAGAUUAAAUCCUGAAAACUCUGCUUGUGUAGAUAUCGAUGAGUGCCUUGAAGGUGGUUUGGGAACCUGUGGCCAAACCUGUAUCAAUAUUCCAGGGUCGUACAUCUGCUCCUGUUUGCCUGGCUACUCCUUGGGUAUUGACAAGCAGUCUUGCUAUGUGAACGAGCCUGCACCAUUCCUGCUUUUUAGCCAUGGAAAUGCUAUCUUUAGAAUUGACACUGAAGGGACAAAUCACGAAAGAUUGGUUUCUGAUACUGGUCCAUCAACACUUAUGGACUUUCAUUAUAUAGAAGAGAAAGUGUAUUGGGUAGACUCUGAAAGGCGACUACUUCAAAGAAUUAAUCUAAAUGGCACAAAACGAGAGAGACUAUGUUACAUAGACAAAGGCAUUUCAGGAUUUGCUAUUGACUGGAUAAAUCACGACAUUCUCUGGGCCAACAGACAGAAAGGAACCAUAGAAGCAACUGAUAUGAAUGGGAGGAAACGCCGAGUUCUUCUAAGAGCUGCUGGUCGUCCCACAAGGAUUACCAUUGAUGCUGAGCAAAGGCUGUUAUUUUUGUCUUCAGAUGGUACAGUUUCCAGCAUACACCGAGCGUCUCUCAGUGGAAGUUAUAUGAUAAACAUUUUGAAAACUACAGAAAAAAUAAAGGCCAUCUCACUAGAUUUGGUUGACACAAGGCUCUACUGGAUCCAACAUGACCACGGAAAAGAGAUUUCCCAUAUUGGAUCAUGUGACUAUGAUGGUGGAGCUGUUCGUUUCCUCAGAAAUUCUGUCCGACAUCAAUUGCUUGGUAUGUCUCUCUUUGCUGAGCACUUGUACUACUCAGAUUUGAAGUCUGGCAUGAUAUGGAGAGCCAACAAAUAUACUGGAAAGGUUGUAGUCACAAUUAGCCUGAAGCCAUCAUUUUUCCCACCAGUGGAGAUAAAAAUAGUACAUCCAUUUAAGCAGCCAGGUGCAAGGAUUGAUUCUCAGGAUUUGGAAAAAGGAAUCUGUGAUUUCAACAGAGAGAAGUGCAGAAGAAGAAUCUGCAGGCCAGACUCAAGGACUCAUCGGUGUAAAUGUUCUAGUGGCUUUAUUUUAAGUCGAAAUAAACAGUUUUGUGAAGAUAUUAAUGAAUGUGGCUUCUGGAAUCAUGGCUGCACUUUAGGCUGUGUGAACAUCCCUGGCUCCUACUACUGCACCUGCCCGAGGGGCUUUGUUCUGCUGCCUGAUAGGAAAACAUGUCAUGAGCUAAUUACCUGUACAAGUAAUGACACCGGCUGCAGUCACGGCUGCCUUCAAACAUCUAAAGGCCCUGUUUGCUUUUGCCCAGAGGGAUCUGUGCUCAAAGUGGAUGGCAAAACAUGCACAGGUUGUACAUCUCCAGAUAAUGGUGGCUGCAGUCAGAUAUGCUCUUCUUUAAGCCCAUCCUCCUGGGAGUGUGCUUGUUUUCCUGGAUAUAAGCUUCAGCGAGACAGAAAGCACUGCACUGCUAUAGGUCCUAAGCCAUUUUUGUUGUUUGCAAAUGGCCAAGAUAUCCGCCAGAUGAGUUUUGAUGGAACAGAUUACACAAGUUUACUUGACUGGCAGAUGGGAGUAGUCUUAGCACUGGACUCUGACCCGGUGGAAAAUAAGAUUUACUUUGCCCACACUGCCUUGAAGUGGAUAGAACGAGCUAAUCUGGAUGGCUCAGAGCGUGAAAAGGUUAUUCAUGGAGCUGUAGAUACACCCGAAGGCCUUGCUGUGGACUGGAUUAACCGUAGAUUGUACUGGACAGACAGAGGAAAGGUGUGCAUUGAAAGGAGCAAUCUGAAUGGAAUGCAAAGAAAAAUGAUCAUCUGGGAGGAUCUCUCCCAGCCCCGAGGGAUUGCCAUUCACCCAUUUGCCAAGAGAUUAUUCUGGACUGACAUGGGGGUCAAUCCGCGGAUUGACAGCUCUUCAUUAGAAGGCUUCGAUCGCCGGGUCGUGGCCAGCACUGGCCUGGUGUGGCCCAGUGGAAUAGCUCUUGAUUACCUGGCUGACAAGGUGUACUGGUGUGAUGCUAAACAGGCCCUGGUUGAGAGUGCAAACCUGGAUGGUUCUGGUCGUCGAGUUCUGUCACAGAAUGAUGUAGGCCACCCUUUUGCUGUAGCGGUGUUUGAGGACCACCUGUGGCUUUCUGACUGGGCUAGGCCAUCACUGGUGAGGGUGGACAAGAAGACCGGCCAAAACAGGGUACGUCUGCGAGGCAGCAUGCUGAGACCCUCAUCAGUGGUUGUAGUUCAUCCUUUGGCGAAACCAGGGGCAAAUCCUUGCCUUUAUGAGAAUGGAGGCUGUGAUCAGAUCUGUGAAAACAGUUUUGGAAUUGUCCACUGCAAGUGCCAUCCAGGAUUUGUAAAAACUCAAGGUGGAAAAUCCUGUCAUGCUCUGGAUUCUUCCAACUCAACAGCAGGAAGUGUCUCUGUGCACAAGGAGGUAAUGCCAAUGCCACCACCAGAGACUGUGCUCCAGAGCACACGGAGCACUGGGAUUUUUAAGGAUGCAGACAAUGGGGAAAUGAAGAAAAUUUUUUUUACUGCUGAAAUCAUGGUGUCAGAUGAAGAUGACUGCACUGCACUAGAAUGUUAUGUCAAUGCAGAGUGUGUUUUGCUGGAAGAUGGUGCUAUGUGCCAGUGUUUGAAAGGAUUUACCAGGAAGGGGAAAUCAUGCUAUGACGUGGACGAGUGCGCUGCGCGCGUGGACCGCUGCAACCGGAGCGUGUCCGACUGCAUCAACACGGACGGGGGCUACGUCUGUGAGUGCCUGGAAGGCUACACUGGAGAUGGAGUCCACUGCUAUGAUAUUGAUGAGUGCAAGACGGGGUCCCACACCUGUGGAGAGAACAUGACCUGCACAAAUACAGAAGGAAACUUCACUUGCUCGUGUGCUGAUCAUGCUUCUGGAACUGGCGACGCUUGCAAAUCUACUGUUCCCCCAGCUGCUGCCAGCAAUGAGUACACUACAAAGGCUGUGCAAGGUGAUGUUGUAGGGUGUCCUCCUUCCUACGAGUCAUACUGCCUCCAUGGUGGAGUGUGCAAUUAUGUUUCUGACCUACAAGACUAUGCCUGCAACGAGCCAGAUGUUUCUGUAGCGGCGCUCGGUGGGGAAUGGAUGCGAGGUGACGGAGGUGGCGGCGUGUGCCCGUGCCCCGCCACCCUGCAGCGUGUGCCCUCUUUCCCCGGCAGCUGUGUGACGGGCUACGUGGGCGAGCGCUGCCAGUUCAGCGACCUGGAGUGGUGGGAGCAGCAGCGCGCCGGGCGGGCGAAGGUGCGGAGCAUCGCCAUCACCGCGGGCGCCGCCGGGCUGGCCCUGCUGCUGCUGCUGCUGGCCGGGCUGGCCGCCUACUGCCGCAGAAGUCAGAAUUUGUAUAAGAAGAAUCUCUGUGCAGAGGCGAUAAGAGCUGCCAGCAGCCGCGCUGACAACGAGAGCGUAACACCUACUGGCAACAACUCUCUGUUUGCAGUUUUUAAGGAGGGCAACAGUUCUCUGGAGACUAAAGCAGUUGAUCUAAUUGAGUGUGAGACAGCAGAUCAUCAUCCUGCCUGUCCUUCAGAAUCUGAGGAAGAACAGCCUGUAACAUGUGAUAAAGCAGCAGAGACUUUGGCAGAAGAGGAGAAAGAACAAGGCCACCGAAAAGAGGGUCCUGUUGGUGAGAAAUCAUGCCAGUCCACGGCAGCAGUGAAGGGCCCUCCCCAGGCUCCCUGGAGCAUCCAUCCCAAUCCCCUGCCAGAAAGGGAGCCUUGCAAUCUUGCCCCAGCCAGCUUGCUGAUGCAGCCAGACUAGAAGCAGUCUGUGUUUGAAUGGGAAAAGGAAGAAGUCAGCAAAAGAUGUGAACUCACAAACACUGAAGCAACACUCAUUUUUUUCCAUUAAAAUCUGCUUUAGAAAAAACUCACCAUUAUUCAGAACAAAACAGAGAAGUCCUGGCCACUCCUUCCCUGUCAUCUCUGCUUGGAAGAAUUACUGUGAGCAACGUGUUGGCAAUGAGUACUCUAUAAGUAUCACUGCUGCAAACUUCAUUAACUGCCUGCUAAAAGGUCACUGGGAGGAAGAGAGUCAAGUGGGUGAUUUAUCACUGAUAAGUAUUUUCUAAGGGACCUUGUUGCAAGUAGUGAUCUUUACACACACUGAGUUUAGAAACUGCCUAGGAAAUGAAACACAAGGACAGCUGCAGAGAAACAGGAA